AUGGCGAUUCUACCUGGGGUUCCAUUUAUUAGAGUUACAGUCAAUGCUCCCAAAAUUUCAGCAGAAUAUCCCGAUCUUGACGACAAUGAGGAUGGGAACACGCAAAAUGGCCCUCAACACAAGAUGUCCGUUUAUAUCGAGUCCAAGACGGGUACGAAGUUUGGUUUGCAGUACCUCAUUGAUCCUGCGAAGAUUCCAAAGUUUAACAAGAAGAAAAAUUACUGCUUGGGGUUUUUUGCUAUAGUUGAUGGAAGAAAGACGAGUUCAACGGUAAUUUGCAAUGAGAAUGGAUUCAAACCGAACAAUUGGGCGCAUAUUUUGACAGGAGACCGCCUCAGACAACCCGGAAACACAAAGUUGAGGCCAUUCCAGUUUUCUGAGAUUCAAAUAGGAGACGACGCCCCUUUCUCACACAACCCCAAAGAAGUCUCGCAGCUCGGAGAAAUCAUAGUCCAGGUCUGGCGUGUCCGUAAAGUUGUUCCGGUGGCAACACCAAUCUCUACACCGGAACAGGAGUCGAUGCCAAUAAAUACAAAGUUUCACGAAAAACAGUUGAAGGGCAGAGCUUUAACUCAUGCAACAGAGCUUGGAAAACCACAAAAGAUACCGGACCAGGAGACGUUCUAUCAGCUUGAAUAUCUUGAUCCAGUUAGCAAGCCACUUGCCGAAUUCCAUUUCAAAUAUAGGUCAAGGGAGGUUUUGCAGAAAAUGAUGGUAAGUGCCUUGUUAGUCCUCUGCUCUUUGACAAUCAACCUCCGAUUAUCAAAGGAUUUUCAAAUUUCUAGUUGGACAAGAAAGACUGACCGUAAAAUUAAGAUACUUCCUCAAGACCCGGUAUUGACACCAAAAGUUAAUCGAGCUCCUUUACCUUCUUUGCCUUCGAAGCCUUUACCCGGGGUACCAGUAAAUCCUGCCCUAAUUGAAAGCACAACCAAAAGGCAUAGUGUUCCUGACAAGGGUGCUGUUAAAGGAGUCCAAGCAUCGACUUCUCAAAAGCAUAAAGCUGUCUCUGAAAUGGCCACGCCACCCCCACCAGUCACAAAGUCAGUGAUCACAGGGAGGUCCUUCGAUCCGGUAACUGGUGCCUUCUUGUCAAUGCCAGUGCUGCCCCCGCUGUCAGUUAUUACUGGCAGAUCGUUCGACCAGGCAACGAGCAAUUUGUCCACCAGUGCCUUUUCCUCAUCAACAACACCAACACAGAAAUUCUGUCAGAUGAUUCCCAAAGUUUCGACUGGCCCUAUGCUCGCGUCAUCCACAAAAGUGCUUCCAGCAACGCCAACUGCUCCCAUAGGAGAGAUCAGAUAUCCAAUCACUCCUGCUUUUGGAUCGAUUUCACAGGUAGCAGCACCUAGUUUCAUUUCAAAAGCUAGACCUGCAAUGCCAGUAGAGACACCAACAGAAGCAAUGUUUAAACCAAAUGCUAUGGCCCUCAAAUCAGGUGAAAUGUCUGACAAAAGCACCGCCAAUCAAGAAGGGCAACCAGUAAACAACCAAAACAAUAACCAGAGACCUUCGGCACUUCCAUUCACACCUGCUACACCUAACCUUAUCGGCCAAGUAGCUUUGGAGCCUGGUGCUACUCCAUUUACACGAGUACUAAUGGAAAUCCAAAGAAGUUUAGGUCAAUUAAGAGACAUAGCAAAGGGUUUUAACGUUGUGAACGUAGUCGAGGUCCAAGAGGAUAUCUCACGAGUCGUUAAUGAAGUGCAGGCAGAGGUCGAAGGACAGGCCAGAUCUGAGGUGAAUCUGAAGCGCGAACAUGUAGAUGAACCCGAUGAAGACGAGCCCGAAGUCAUCCUUGAGCGUCCUGUUAAAAGACGACACAUCUUUACAGCCGAAGAUGAAAUCAUUGAUUUGACUGCCGACUAA